ACAUCCUCACCCGGAUUCUUCGCCCCCGGGACGGCAGCCACACGUGUCUCUUCAACGAGGAUCUCAAGGCCGUUCAUGCAAUCACCCAUGGCGCCUCGAUCAAUUGGGCGAAAUACGUCAUGAUCCACAUGGCGGAUUGCGCCUCAAUCGCCACCGAAAGGAGCUUGCCCUACGCCUUCCUCGUCAUGGAUCUCAUUGUCGCGGCCGAAAUCCACAUCGCCGGCCCGGACACGAAGAUGACAAAGAUUUGGAUCAUCCAAGACAGCACCUUCCGGAAGAAGUCCGGUGACGGAACCGGCGCUGGACCGAGUCGUGCCCGUGCCCCUGCCCCUGCCCCCACUCCCGCCAAGGCGUCCUUACAGUCCAUAGCCGAUACUCUGAAUCGGCUAACCCUCACAGUGGAUGGCAUGGGGCAGUCAAUCGAGCGGAUGGAUUGGACGCUGCAACGUCAACACCAUGACAUGACAGCGUUCUUCCGCGGCAUCAACUAUGUCCCGCCGCCCUUUGACAGCACCAUCCUCGGCCAGAACUAUGAAGGCGAGGACGAGGAGGAUGACUCCUAUGCUCCGUCUUCCUCCCCCGACGAGGCCGAUUUUGAGGACGCGGUCGACGGGGAUCCCAUGGACGUUGAGGACGACGAAGAAGACGAUGACGUUGAGGACGAGGACGCCGCUGCCUAGACUCUUCUUUCUUUUCCUCCCUUACUAUGAUUGUCUUUUUUAUUAUUAUUUCCAUUCCGUUGUAUUCCGCAUUUUCUCCUUUUUAAUGAAUAAAAGUUCACUUUUAUACUCUAAAGUUCACUUUUAAUUCUUUUUGUUAAUGUCAAAAGGGGGAAGAUAUCAAGGUUAUGCAUAAAUUGAGGGGGAAUUG